CGAGAAGAGCCACAGAGUAAAAGGGGGAGUCGGGACCUCGACGGACCCCGGACCCGCCGCUGUUUCGGUUCCCAGGGUGACUAGUGCCACCAGGUCUGGACAAGUUUCUCGGUGGCGGCGGGUGGAAGGGGAGAGCCACCCCCGCUGGCAGCCCAAGGCGGGGGUGGAGAAAGAGAAGGGCGGCGGCGACUGAGGCGGCCGUGGCGGAGGAGGAGGAGGAAGAGGAGGCACGUAACCACCGGUGGAGGUUCCCGGCGCGGAUCUCCCUUCCCUACCCAGGCCCCCUCCUCAUUUCUCACCUGGGCUACUCAGGCUGGAGCUCACCUGGGAGCCGCCCGGAAGAAGCGGAGCCCCGACCCGGCCUCUCCUGGCAACGCGGCCGGCCGGGAGGGAAGGGAGAAGGAAGAGGAGGAGGAACCGGCGCUCGGUCUGGAGCGGUAACAGUAGCAACCGAAGCCGCGGCGGCUGCCGCCGCCACCUGCACCUGGCACCUGAACCGCGUCCAGCGCACCUCACCGCUGCCUCUUCCAAGCUGCCCGCCCAGGUGCUCAGAGGAACUGUAUUGGAAAAAUAAAUUAAGGACAACAACUUAUUCUUGUUGCAAACAACAGCAGCAACAACAACAAACUUCGAAGCCUGAAAGGCAGCAUUUUAGAGAGGAGGCACUGAAUUUGGAGUAAGGGGACCUGGAUUUAAGUCCCAGCUCUUGUGUUACUAUUCCAAGAAACCUUUUGGCAAGCAAAUCUAUGAUAAAGAACGCAAGUAACAGAGGAAGUUAUAACUGUUAUUUUUCAAGUGACAAACUGUUAAUGUCAGAAUGGCUCACGUAAGACUACUGAUAAAAUUAUUCUGUAAAAAACUUUUUCACCACAAAAAGCUCUGGAAGUUUGGUGCAGUGAUUUUUUUCUUUAUGGUGUUUUUGAUUUUAAUGCAAAGAGAAGUAAGCAUUCAAGAUUCCAAAGAUGUAUCAGGGAUUGAGAAAAACAAAAACAAUAUGUUUGAUCUAAUGAUAGAAGCUGUGAACAAUAUUAAAGAUGUGAUGCCCAAAUUGCAGAUAAAGGCCCCUGUUAGACAAAAUAAUAAUGCUGGGGAUAGACCGUGUUUGCAAGGAUAUUACACAGCGGCAGAACUGAAGCCCUUUCUAGAUCGCCCACCUCAGGACUCCAAUGCCCCUGGUGCUUCUGGGAAACCAUUCAAGCCUGACAAUUUAAGUCCUGAAGAACAAAAGGAAAAAGAAAAUGGUGAAGCCAAACACUGUUUUAAUGCUUUUGUCAGUGACCGGAUUUCAUUACACCGAGAUCUUGGACCAGACACUCGACCUCCUGAAUGUAUUGAGCAAAAAUUUAAACGCUGUCCUCCCUUGCCUACCACAAGUGUCAUAAUAAUUUUUCACAAUGAAGCAUGGUCUACGCUGCUUAGAACAGUCCACAGUGUACUCUAUUCUUCACCAGCCAUACUACUGAAAGAAAUCAUUUUGGUAGAUGAUGCCAGUGAGGACGAAUAUUUGCAUGAUAAACUAUAUGAAUAUAUUAAGCAGUUUCAAAUAGUAAAAGUUGUCCGACAAAAAGAAAGACAAGGUCUGAUCAAUGCCCGGUUGUUAGGAGCAUCAGUAGCAACUGCUGAAACACUCACCUUUUUAGAUUCCCACUGUGAAUGCUUUUAUGGUUGGUUAGAGCCUUUGUUAUCAAGAAUAGCUGAAAACCACACGGCAGUUGUAAGUCCAGAUAUUGCAACAAUAGAUCUUAAUACUUUUGAAUUCAGCAAACCUUCUCCUUAUGGACAUAACCAUAACCGUGGAAAUUUUGACUGGAGUUUAUCAUUUGGCUGGGAAUCUCUUCCUGAUCAUGAAAAGCAAAGAAGAAAAGAUGAAACCUAUCCAAUUAGAACACCCACUUUUGCGGGCGGUCUUUUUUCUAUAUCAAAAGAAUAUUUUGAAUAUAUUGGAACUUAUGAUGAAGAAAUGAAAAUCUGGGGAGGAGAAAAUAUAGAAAUGUCUUUCAGAGUAUGGCAAUGUGGUGGGCAGUUGGAGAUUAUGCCUUGCUCUGUUGUUGGACAUGUUUUUCGCAGCAAAAGCCCUCAUACGUUUCCAAAAGGCACUCAGGUGAUAGCUCGUAACCAAGUUCGUCUUGCAGAAGUCUGGAUGGAUGAAUUUAAAGACAUAUUUUAUCGAAGAAACACAGAAGCAGCAAAAAUUUUUAAACAGAAAACUUUUGGAGAUAUUUCAAAAAGACUUGAAAUAAAACACCGUCUCCAAUGUAAAAAUUUUACUUGGUAUUUAAACAAUGUUUAUCCAGAAAUAUAUGUGCCAGAUCUUAACCCUUUAAUAUCUGGAUACAUACAAAAUAAAGGCCUCCAUUCAUGCUUGGAUGUUGGAGAAAACAACCAAGGAGCCAAACCAUUAAUUAUGUAUACAUGUCAUGGUCUUGGGGGAAAUCAGUAUUUUGAAUACUCUGCACUGCAUGAAAUUAGGCAUAGCAUCCAGCAGGAGUUAUGUCUCCAUGCUAUUCAAGGCCCGGUUCAGGUGAAGACAUGUAGCUACAGAGGUCAGAAAACACUUACCAUUGGUGAACAGAAAUGGGAGAUUCGGAAGGAUCAACUACUAUACAAUCCAUCGCUAAACAUGUGUCUUACGGGAAAUGGAGAGCAUCCUAGCUUGGUGCCAUGCAAUCCAUCAGAUGUAUUCCAGCAGUGGGAUUUUGUCCAUCAGGAUUAAGUGUUACUUAGAAUUAGGGAAUUAAAAAAGGAGACCUACUUUCUUAUAAAACUGUGACUAGGCAUACACUGUAGUUUUGGAAAAUUAUGCAAAAGCAGCUAAUUGUAACUUAUUUCAAGUGCAUUUUUCCAUAUUUAUAUCUUUAAAUGUGCAAGUGGCAUCACUGCUACAGAAAUCUCUUAAGGUUCUGUUUUAAAGCACAAUAAUAACUAGUAAUACCAAAGACUAUUUUUGGAGAUGUCCAGGUUUAGGGAAGAGAUGUUUACAGUAUGCUGAAAGUUAAUUUGCAGAAUAAGGUGGUGUUUGUGUGUCAUAUCUUUAAACAAAGAUGCAUACAGAUAUAUGCACACUCCUGACUUAAAGAUAUUAUAUUUCCCCAAGUUUCUGGGGAGGUAGUAUAGAUUUGAUACUGUAUUUUUUUAAUGACUUAGAAAUUGAUCAAUGAAGGUCAAGUAUUGACCUUUAUAUAUGGUGUGCAAACCAGAAAAUUUUAUAGGUCUAGGAUUUAUAUUUUUAUUUAAAUAUACAGGUGAUAGAUUUUUGCCUUUGGUAUACUUGUCUGGCAAGUGUUUCCUUAAAUAAGAUAUUAAAUGAAUAAGGUGGUAGAGAAAUAUUUUUAGCAUUUCAGUCUUGGCAGAUUUUUAACACUACCAUUUGCAAGCCCAGUGCCCAUUCCUCUUGAAGCACUUAUGUCUUCCUUAAAUGACCUUUCUUAAAUAACUUUACUGUGUGUUUUCCUUAAGCAACAUUUUUUUAAACUUUUCAUAAAUGACUUUCUAUGGAAAAGGUGCUUUCUAAUGUUGAUGUCUUCUUUUUCUACUAUAAGUCCUUAAUCUUGUGUCUUUGUGAAAUUUAAAUGCAAAUGCAAAAUUCACAAGUCUUUUGAACACUAAAUUUUGUUUGCUACUGGUUCAGUUACAAAAAAGUCCUUUUUAUGGCCUGUUUUUCUUAUCAGAAAAGCUUUAUUUCUUUUUGUCUAGUGGAAAACACAAUAAAGAAAUCCUCAAUAUAACUCCUUUCAUUUUGUGACUUUUCUUGACUGGAUUAAAUAUUUAAAAUGACAGAGGGGUAAGGGGCAGAAAAUUUUUUUUAAAUUUUGCUAAGAUUUCAUAGUUUAAAUAUUUAUUUUGAUAAAGUUAGAGUUUUUUGAUGGGUUGGUGGGUAUGGCAGUGUUUCACAUCUCAUCCAGAUGUAGGGGAAGAUAGGUACAGCAAAAAGGUAAAAAGAAUAUAGAAUCAAUUAUAGAUUCUAGAAGAAUUGGUUUUUAUAUGAACUCUGAAACUUAAUUUCUCUCUUUAAUUUCUUUAUUGGUUUAAAAUGGGGAGAGGAAUAUAAAAAUGAUGAUGACUAUUGCUGCCCACAGCACUUCCGAGGUGAUAGGUAUAUACAUAGAUAUAUGUAUAUUUGUUUGUUUGUUUGUUUUGAAAAAAGUUAAAUGCUCACUUAAAGCACUUGUCUUCCUUAAGCAUCUUCUCUUAAGUAAGUUAUUGUGUAUGUUCCUUAGGCAUACUUCAAAAUGUUCCUUAAAAUGCUGCAAAAUGUCAGUGAAUCUGUGAUCUCAUUAACCUGCUCUCUCUCCUCACACUGUGGAUUAUAACUCAUCCUAACCUCAUUUUAUGUGACUUUUGUCCAUUUCCUCCUUUAAAUCCUUCAUGCAUGUCCACUUAAUAUGCUUUCAUUAGUUAGCACAGUGCCUGGCACAUAAGUAAUUUAUAAAAUGUGUAUUUACUGACACAGAAGAUGUUCCUUGUAGUUUUUUGAAACCAUUAAAAAAAUUUUUUUAAACAUGG